CCCAGCACAGCAGAGAGAGAGAGAGCCAGACAGCAGAGGAAGCAGUAGUAUUAAGCAAUUGAUGGUUCUUCUGCCGCUCUGUUCUUGCUGCUUGGAAUUAAACCUCCUAGAAGUUCUAGUUGUGGGAAGUUUGACUAGAAAAGAGAAGAAGCAAAUCUUAAUAUGCUUCAAGUAGUAGAGCUGCUGGGAGAGACAGAGAAGCUAGAGGUAGACUGCUUCUAUCUUUCAUGGGAAUAAGAGGAGAAAGAAAGACACUCAUCAACUCUCCACUCAUCGCAAGUUGGUAGGUAAAAGGUUUUGGUGUCUGGUUGAGAAAACAAAUUUUACUUGUUCCGAAAGAGAAACACACUGCUAAUUAAGCAGAUUUCACAAUCCUAGUUUUGGAGGGUUGGUGGCGCGGUGAAGUGUAAGCAGCCAUGGAUUCCUAUGAAGCUACAAGGAUUGUGUUCUCAAGGAUCACAAACUUGGACCCUGAAAAUGCCUCCAAAAUCAUGGGUCUUCUGCUUAUCCAAGACCAUGGUGAAAAGGAAAUGAUAAGAUUAGCUUUCGGCCCCGAAGCUUUUCUCCACUCUGUGAUUCUCAAGGCUCGCAAGGACUUGGGACUGAUGCCCGUUUCCAACUCCCCUUCCACGCCCUCUUCUCCUUCGCCUUUCCUCUCCACCAAUCCAGUCGCUAUUACGAGGCAGAACUCUGCUUCUUCGAGGCUGUCUCUCACUAUUCCCAACCCGUCUUCUUCGCCUUCUACUUGGGCUGCUCUGUCUUCCGAGCUUCGAAAUCAAAACCAAGAUGACAGUAUGAGUCCCAACGGCUCUUCCUUCUUCGGGAACGGUGGGCCGGACCAUGUCCUCGAGGAGUUCCCUCUUCAAGACCAGCUCUCUUUUCUCAACGAUGGAGCUCCUAACCUCAGAGGAACCAAGUCCCCUGAUUUGUUCUACCCACAGUCAGACUUGUCGUCGAGUCCGACUAAUGGUUCUGAUCACAACCUUUUCUCCUCCUACUCCGGGAACUGGGCCGGCGGCGCCUCUCUUCACCGCCGGAGCUGCUCUGUUAGUGAUGUGUGCUUGGAAGACCCGGGGUUCGGGUGGAAGCCCUGUUUGUAUUAUGCAAGAGGGUACUGCAAGAAUGGAACGAGCUGUAGAUUCUUGCAUGGUGGUGGACUUGGAGAUUUGGGUUCAGAUGGUGCUCCACCUCCACUUGUUGGUUCGCCGAGCAAGCUUGAGAUGAUGGACCAGUCCUGCCACGAGGCGCUUCUCAGAUCCAAGUCUGCUCAUCAGCAAAGACUCGCUGCAGCUUCCCAGCUCAUGGCCUCGGCCAACUCAUUUCCUUACUCAUCCUCCAAGUGCAUGAACUUUCUCCUUCAGCAGCAACAGACUGAUGCUCAGAGGGCUGCAGCAGCGUUGAUGAUGGGUGAUGAUAUCCACAAAUUCAGUCGAUCUCCUCGGAUGGAAAGAAACGAGUUUUCGAUGAUCAACGGUGGAGGUGGGAUGGUGAAUCCAGCCUCAAGGCAGAUAUACUUGACUUUUCCAGCUGAUAGCACUUUCAGAGAAGAAGACGUGUCGAAUUAUUUCAGCAUUUAUGGACCUGUUCAAGAUGUGAGAAUCCCAUACCAGCAGAAGAGGAUGUUUGGUUUUGUUACAUUUAUGUACCCUGAGACUGUGAAGCUUAUUUUGGCAAAAGGGAACCCUCAUUUUGUGUGUGAUGCUAGAGUGCUGGUCAAGCCUUACAAGGAGAAGGGCAAGGUUCAGGACAGGAAGCAACAAAUGGAAAGAGGAGAUUUGUCUCCCUGUGGCACACCUACUGGCCUCGAUGGUAGAGACCCUUUUGAUCUCCAGCUAGGAGCAAGGAUGUUUUACAAUUCUCAAGAUAUGAUGUGGAGGAGGAAACUGGAGGAGCAAGCUGAGCUGCAGCAAGCACUGGAAAUUCAAAGCCGAAGGCUAAUGGAUCUGCAGCUUCUUGAUGUUAAGAAGCAUCAUCAUCGUGCUCUUUCUGCCAGCAGUCCGAUUAAUUCUCCUACUCAGUCCCCGAGUAUGUUCAGCCAGAACUUUCUGCGUCCUUCAUUCCACAGUCCAGAAGGUACUCAAGAGAUCUGUGCAAGUCCAGUGCCACCCGUUUCUCCACCUCUCUUAGCAGACCAGCAGCCUCACUCGGUAGCAUCUGUAGUUACAGGUAAAGAAUCAGCUGCCAACUGUGACGAUAGCAGGGGUGGCAAGGGAAACCGCCAUGAAGAUCUGAGUGCAUUGUUAGGAAGCUUGGAGCAUAAUCUCCCCGACAGCCCCUUCGCAUCUCCAACAAAGAGAUCCCGAGAUUACUUCUCUGCCUUCCCUGUCGUAGCUAGUGAGGCCAAUGAUGUAUCGGAUGUGUCAGCUGCAACGGCUAAAAUUAACUUGGCGACUUCCCCCCUGCCGUCCACUUCCUCUCUGGACAUGGCAUCUUUCAAGCCUUUUAACUGCCAAAUUCCGAGGUUGUCUUCCGGCCAUGGAGCCACCAUAGGGAUGUAUGCCGCCGGGGCAGGGGGUCCGAAAUGCCCAGUUGGAACUUCCUAAGCCUUUAGUUAGGAAGGAUCAAUGCUAAACUAAGAAUAACCAAACAAAAACACCACCACAAUCUGUAGAAAAAGAAUCAAAUCUCCACCAGAACUAUCAUCAGAAAAUACCAUACUACUUACUACCAUACAAAUUGCAUACGGAAAAGGCCGUAAAGGAAAGGAGGGAAGCGAAAGCUAGUGUGGGUCUGUCAGCCUCUUUUCCUUUCUUUCUUAUUGUUGUACUACUAGUCCUACCUUCACAUCUCAUUUUUCAGUAUUAAGUCGGAAGAACCACAGGUUUAAAUUUAAAGAACAAAGAGAGACAAAGGAAUCACCAACGUACAAUGUCAAAAACUUUGCCCGUAACUUUUGCGCACUGUAAAGUGGUUAGUUUGGAGUCAUGAUUUACCACAAAUGGUGCCCAAAAUCUAGUCCAGCAGUGUCUGUCUGUGUUGCUUAGUGUUUUUUUUCUAGUGUAAUCAAAGUCUGUACAGCCAGAAGAAGCAGAACCAAGAAGCUAUAGAGCAGCUAUGCUUGAGUGAGAAGAAAGAGGUAAAAGAAGGAAGCUAGAGUGUAAUUUUGAAUAACCACAAGGCUAGUUCUCCUUCUUCCACCAUAGAAAAGCCUGGAGUGAGAUCACCUCAGCUCAUCUGUAGCAGUUGCGAGAUAUUGGAGAAUUAUUAGUUUUUACCUCUAUCAUUUGGUACUGCCACUUAAUUGUGUACUCUAUGUUAUUGUCAGUAAAAAAAAGAAAAGGAAAUGUAGGAAGGAAAUAUCAGAAAGUAAAGAAGCUCGAGAUUUUACUGUUA